AUGUCCGGUGCAACUAUUUUUAUGACAAAUUAUUCAUAUUGUCUGAAGGUAAUUGUUAUCGUUCUACGACGUAAACGUAUCAAAGAUCUUAUAAAUAUAACCGAGGGAAAACUGUUUAUCCGCAAUAACGAUAAAUACGAACGUAUCGUAACGUAUUACACUUGGCAAGGAAUUUUCCAUCAUAUCACUUAUCAAAGCUUCGGUAUCAUAGCUGUAAUCUUCUGGUCAUGCACAGCAGUUGUAAAUCUGAUGAAACGGACGUAUCAACUUUUAUUGAUAAAAGCAUGGUAUCCUUAUAAUGUAACAAUUUCGCCAGCUUAUGAAUUUACUAUUUUACAUCAAGUCGUGGGUGUCACUGUAAAUUGUAUUAAUAAUGUAGCAAUAGAUACUUUUAUAACAGGUUUUAUAAUAACUGCUUGUUGCCAAUUGACACUCUUAAGUUAUAACAUCUCUUCGAUACACUAUGAAGCGGAGAAAGAAUUUGUUGCUAGGACUGAUGAUAUCAGUGCCGAUAAAUCUACUUCAAAAACUUACAACCAAUUGUAUGAGGAUUUGAAAAUUUGCAUUGAACAUAGUAGACUGAUAUCCGAUUUCGCACGAAAGAUUCAAGAUACAUUCGGUACUGUGAUAUUUUUUCAACUGCUGGUAAAUUGUAUAACCGUUUGUUUACUUGCAUACAAUAUAUCACAGCUGAAAUAUUACGUUCUAUCCGAUUUGUUUGGUAUGUUUAUGCAUAUGUGCUGUAUGACAUAUCAAAUCUUUAUAUAUUGCUGGCACGGGAACGAACUGUAUCUUCAUAGCAUGAAUAUAUGUUUUGCCGCUUAUAUGAAUAAUUGGUGGCAUAAUACCAAGGAUUUUAAACGAGCCUUGCUCGUUGUAAUGUCAAAAGCUCAACGACCUAUUAUUUUAACUGUUGGAAAUAUUAUGGAAUUAUCUUUAGAGAAUUUCGUUCUAAUUCUACGUACAUCGUAUUCCAUUUUUACCGUUUUAAAAACUUCUACAAACGCUUGA